UAUAUGUCUCUAAAUUUGACAAGUAAAUAUGUCACUUUGAAAAAAAAAUUGUACACAACAAAAAGAAUUUACGAAACAAACAUCAAACGUUAAUUAAGCGUAUUUCGAGAUGGGUUUUCUGACUGUCUUAAAGAAAAUGAAACAAAAAGAAAAAGAAAUGAGGAUCCUUUUAUUAGGCUUGGAUAAUGCAGGAAAAACGACUAUAUUAAAAAGAUUCAACGGAGAACCGAUAAAUACCAUAUCGCCCACUCUAGGAUUCAACAUCAAAACGCUCGAACACAACGGGUUUAAACUAAACAUGUGGGACGUCGGAGGCCAAAAAUCGCUAAGGUCUUACUGGAGAAAUUAUUUUGAAUGCACAGAUGGCCUGAUCUGGGUGGUCGAUAGUGCCGAUAAAAGACGAUUAGAAGACUGCAAGGCAGAGUUAAAUACGCUUUUAAAAGAAGAAAGACUAGCCGGUGCCACUCUACUUGUAUUCGCAAAUAAACAGGACUUGCCCGGAGCUUUGGGGUUAGACGAAUUAAGAAGCGUUCUCGAAUUGGACGAUAUUAAAACGCACCAUUGGAGGAUCAUAUCUUGCAGUGCUGUUACAGGAGAAAACUUGCUCGCCGGUAUGGAUUGGGUCGUUUCCGAUAUCGCCGCCAGGAUUUUUACGUUAGAUUGAUAUCCAGAAAUCGCACCUUUUAUAAAAUAAUAUAUAUAUUUAUUAAUCGUAGACGUGAAUAAUCUUAACAAACUAAUGCGUAUCCAUAAAUUGCAAUUCAGAUAGAAUCAAUAUGUUACUGGGCAGCGGUUUCGGUUGUGGCGAUAACAAUGUAAUCGUCUGUCUUUCGGUAUCCACCAUGCUCCUAAAACAAAUUAAAUAAGUAAACAGAUGUUCAUUUUAAAUAGAAAUAGGGCACUUACACGCAUACGAAUCCGGCUACGUGCGACGAAAGAAUAUCAUCGUCUUCGUUUUCGCUGAAACUGACGCCUAAAAUGUGAUGCAGGAGCCCCGCGUUGGGCGUCAACAGUACCAAUUUGGUCAUGUGAUCGUCGGCUUUCAUGCCCAAUGGAAGGCAGGAAUCGGGCAGGGCGGGCGCGCCGAUUUUGUAGAUUUUCACUUCGGUGAAUUUCAAUUCGAACGAAUGCGGAUAGAGGGAGUUCCUGGGGGUGCCGUAGAAAUAUUCGCGAAUCCUUUGGUCUCUGCUCUCGCUCCUGUUGCUCUUCGAUCGUUCCACCACCUGAUAUUGAAUAAGAAUAAUUAUUUAUAUCUAUAGAACAGAGAUGUUUGUACUUACCCCUCCGCUCUUUGGUAAGAAUAUGAUUUUGACGAAUUGAGGCAAGUCCCUGACCAAUUCGUUGUAGAGCCUUUCCUGAUCUAACACCAUUAUAAUGUCGACCUCGAAAGCCUUGAUAGAAUUGAGGAGUUGUUUGUAACCGGCCCCUUUUAUCCAGCCGCAGGUGUUU